GCAGAUGCUGCAUUCAGGGGCAGGUAUUUCUCACCCUGUUGAGAAGCAGAGGUAAAAGACCAGGAGGACUCCGUCGGUGCCGGGGAGCCUGACGGAUCCUCGAGAGGCAGCCACGAGGCUGGUAGGGCAGGGAGAUCCAUUACAGCGAUCAUGCUGAGGUGAACUGGUCCACGGAGAGUUUUAUUGCUGAAAUAGUUCUGUUUAGGUUCUGAUUCAAAUAAGACGGGCUUUGCAGCAUCAUGGGGGCCUCCUGUGACAAGCAGGUUUCCUUCCUCUCAGAGCUCCUCAUGUUGGCGCUGUGUAUCGUCUCCUGUUUCUGCCAGGAGGAAUAUUCUGGAUACCACUCAGGUGAGAAACAUAUCUAUGAAGAGUCGCCUGCGGUCGACCGCUAUGACGGCACCGAUUCUCAUCAACCUGAGCCCACUCACCUCUAUGAUGAGGACCAGCAGCCGGAGGAAGACUACGACCCCACCGGGGUCACCAUGAUCACUGAGGACACCUUUCCUUUUGUUGCCACCACCGAGUCCCACUACGCCAAGGAGGACAAAGAGACCAUGCAGGUACCGUUUAAAUACCCAAGAGGGCCUGACUCGGACUCUUCAGAGGAAUCUGGAGGUGAUGCGGCGCUUGGAGAGGAGGGACCAACGGAGUGUGAUUGUGAACCCGGACAACCUGGUUUUGCUGGUUUUGCAGGACCGAAGGGAUCAAGAGGUCUGCAGGGUCAAACUGGUCUUCCAGGGAUUCAGGGCAGAGAGGGUUACAAAGGAGCCAAAGGAGUUCAGGGAAGAAGAGGGGACCCUGGUCCAGUUGGUGAUGCUGGACCUGAAGGAGAAGAUGGAGCUUCUGGUUUCUCUGGCGGGAUGGGAGAACCGGGACUUCAAGGGGAACCAGGCGAGCAAGGAGAACUGGGACUGAAGGGCGACAUCGGUAUGGAGGGCCCUCGUGGAGGAGUCGGUGCUCCUGGUGAGACUGGGCCUCUUGGUGACCCGGGUCCUUCAGGAUCAAAAGGGGGUAAAGGUAUUAAGGGCUCUCCCGGUGACCAAGGCAAGCUCGGCUCUCGGGGGAAAGAUGGACCAAAGGGUCAAACAGGUGCACCCGGGUUUCCAGGUGACAUCGGCGAGCGUGGAUACACUGGUUAUUCAGGACAGCCAGGAUCUGUCGGACCAACAGGACCAAAGGGCACUAAAGGUCAUGGUGGCCUUCCAGGCAGCGAUGGUGAACCUGGAGAGGACGGUCCUAUAGGAACCCCUGGGUUGAUGGGAGAGCCUGGACCAUUUGGUGUCAAGGGUAAUAAAGGUGACCACGGUGUGAGGGGGCCUCGAGGCAGAGUGGGCAGAGUGGGAGCUCAAGGAGAAGCUGGAGAUGCUGGGACUCAUGGAAAACCAGGAGCAAAGGGUCUCCAGGGCCAGACAGGGGCCAAAGGAGAAACCGGAGAAGACGGUGAGAAGGGUGCAGCAGGGCGGAAAGGCAUCAAAGGGGAAAAAGGACAAAAGGGAGGCAGAGGUGAUGGUGGAGACAAAGGACAGCGAGGACCAAAAGGUGCAGUAGGUCGUUCCGGCAUCCCGGGCCCUGUAGGACCACCUGGCAUCCCCGGCACCCGCGGUGACCGUGGUGUCAUCGGUGACCUGGGUGUUAAAGGUCAAGCAGGACCAAAAGGAGUUCCAGGUCCAUCUGGUCCUGGUCUGAGUGAUCAGCAGGUCUUGCAGCUCUGUACUGAUGUUGUGAAGGCCCAGAUCUCCCAGUACGCCGCUUCAAUCCGAGCCAAAUGUGCCCAGGGCUGUCCCAUCAACAACAGAACACUAAUUGGGCCACCAGGAGUUCAAGGACCAUUGGGACAACCGGGCAAAGCUGGUAAAGCAGGAAAAGCUGGAACAAAAGGAGCCAGAGGUGUUCAAGGAGACAGAGGACUGGAGGGACAGAAAGGAGCUGAGGGGGAACGAGGUCAGAAGGGAUCUAAAGGCAUGGGAGGUGAUCCGGGCAAAGGACUGCCGGGACUGGAUGGACCUCAGGGACUCAGAGGUUCACCAGGUGACCCAGCAGAACCUAAAAAUGGGAUGGAUGGUCCCCGCGGUCCUCGUGGCUUCCCUGGUCCCAUGGGUCCAAUCGGCAUGGUGGGACUCCCAGGCGUGCCGGGAUUUUGCGAAGCGAGGGAUUGUAGUAUUCAUGCACCAGUGAUGCGCAAAGAGCAGGGCCUGGUGAAAAGACCUGCAAGUUCAAAAAUCUGAACCUGAAGUCAAACACCUCCAGAGGGACAGGAGAUGUUUACUGCAGGCAUGAUUUGAACAGUUCAUUCUUCUUGUGCAUUUAUGGCAGUACUUAGUCUGACAGCUGGGAUUAAAUGGAGCACGUUGGGCAGAAAAGCCAGAAGAUGCUGAACAGAUCCUAUAAUGAAUCAUAAUAACACGUCCCAGGAGACAUUUCUCUUCUGAUUUGACACAAAAGUAAAUUUUCCACUUAUUCUUCCUCUGUAGUUUUUCCUCACAAUAAAAAAGAACAAAUAAAAAUAUUAAAUGUAAAUAUUAAUAUGUAAAGAAUCAUAAGUACUGUGUUUUUUUUUUCUGAUAAACAGUCUGAUGUUUUUUAAACAGU